AAGGGAUGCUUGGAUACAGUGAAGUUCUACAGAUCACGCAGCCGAGAGAAGCCUCCAGAGCAGUAAAAGUCACUUUGCCAUAAACUUCACACAGGAAAUCUGAGAUCCAAAGCAACUUAUAUUUUGGCUUGUAAUCGGUGAUCAUGGGGUGAUCCAGAAAUAAACUCCAGACUUCAAAGAGCCAGAGAGUUCAGAGCUGCUCUGCAGUUUAUCAGCACACACAGACGGGAGAGAAAUGCAUCCAAGGGGAUUUUCUGAAUUAAGGUUUCACCAAGAAAAAUAACUCUGGGUAAACUUUCCUACAGAAAAAAACAAGGUUUUCCUUUUCUACCGUCUCCUCUGAUUCCUUGUGAACGGGACAGCAGACGAUGACGACGCAGGUCACAGUGGCACGAAGUUCACAGACAGGGACAAUAAACCAUGAGGACUACAGUCUCUACAGUAGUAUGAGUGAACAGGAGCUCAUUGAGAUGGCCAUAGAGCAGAGCUUAACAGAAGGGUCACCAGAGCAAACCGCAGCAAAGACGGCAGCCAGAGAGCAGGCGCAGGCUGCGCCCAGUGAACCUUACUACUGCCAGAAUUUUUACCUUUACCCUUGGCAAAGGCACGCUGCACAGUCCGGAGGCCAGACUCAGACUUCCAGCUCAGGGUCACCUAGUGGGGUCUGGCGGAGAUACGAUGGCACCCUCUUCAAAAAACCUCAGCCAGAAGUGCCGGAUCCUAUUGUAUCAGCGAUUAGGGAAGGAGAUGAAGAGACCCUGCUUGCCAUGAUAAAGUCAGGAAGAAACCUUUCAGAACCUAACAAAGAUGGAUGGCUACCACUCCAUGAAGCUGCUUAUUAUGGACAAAAUGGCUGCUUGAAACUGCUCCAGAAAUCGUACCCUGGGACAAUCGAUCAGCGGACGCUCCAGGAGGAAACACCACUCUACUUAGCAACAAACAAAGGGCACCUUGAGUGUGUGCAUUUUUUGCUGCAGGCCGGAGCAGAACCUGACAUUGCAAAUAAGGCUAGAGAGACCCCACUCUAUAAAGCCUGCGAACGCAAAAAUAUUGAUGCUGUACAGAUAUUGCUGCAGUACAAUGCUGAUGCAAACCACCGAUGCAAUCGGGGAUGGACUGCUCUUCAUGAAGCCGUUGGCCGGAAUGACUUGGAAAUAAUAGAUCUUUUGAUCAAAGGAGGUGCCAAGGUUGAAUCUGCAAAUUGCUAUGGGAUCACCUCUCUAUUUGUGGCAGCUGAGAGUGGCCACUUGGAAGCCUUGAGAUACCUGGCCAAGUGUG